AUGGACGAUGAAGCUGAGGAUAUCAAUCAGCCUGACCCUAUGGUUUGUUGGCUACAGUUCAUGGCGCGUCUCCACAUUUCCAUCGAUAUCCUUAAAAUUGCUCAGGCUGAAACCUCGCUAAAACGCGAAAUAUCGAAAUCGCACCAAAAUUGCGACAAUGCUAGACGUUGCUGUCAUCCGAGCUUUAUUAAUUACCCAUUGGCAAGAGCAGGGAAUUUAUUGGGCUAUGCGCUAUUUGCUAAAUCGGCUCGAGCAGAUCCAGAAUCAUUUUGCACUGCAUGGGACGAGGCAUCGCAGCAAUUCGUUGCCAUCUGGAGAAAGAAAGCCGAGUAUUGCUGAUUUAAGGAAAUGCCAUACUAUGUUAUUUACGCAGCGCACAAAACACUAGAGCCUACCUAUAGUAUUGAAUUAUAUAGCGGUCAAAUAUCUUAC